AUGGCUGUGCCAACGAGGCUCCAUCACCCCCACUCCUCCGCCUCCAAAAUCAUCAUCUUCUUCUGCCUCUCUGCCUUUCUCGGCCUCGCCCUCUUCGCCAACCUCUUCCGCGCCUCCCUUUCCUCUAACUAUCUCUCCAUUGCCACCAACUGGGUCGACACCAAUGCGCCCCUCCUCCUCGUCCCCAAUACCACCGCCACACCCAACAACACCAUAAACAACGGAAAAGGUGGCAAGGUUGAAAGGAGGGGUCCUGAGAGAUUCCUUUCAUCUACAUUUGCGGACUUGCCUGGUCCCGAAUGGCCAUGGGAGCAGAUGCCUUCGGCUCCAGUGCCUCGGCUAGAUGGGUACUCUGUACAGAUUAAGAAUAUGUUUUACGUGUUUGCAGGAUAUGCCCAUCUUGACCAUGUGCACUCCCAUGUUGAUGUGUUCGAUUUCGAUGUCAACAAGUGGGUAGAUGUAUUUCAAAUUCCAAAGGAAAUGGCUAAUUCACAUUUGGGUGUGGCAACUGAUGGGAGGUAUAUAUAUAUUAUCUCAGGACAAUAUGGUACCCAAUGCAGAGGUCCUACUACAGCUUCAUUUUCGCUAGACACUGCAACAAAGAAAUGGAAACCUUUGCCACCAUUACCAGCACCCAGGUAUGCUCCUGCAACUCAAUUAUGGAAAGGAAGACUCCAUGUCAUGGGUGGUAGCAAAGAGAAUCGCCAUACACCUGGACUAGAUCAUUGGAGUUUGGCUGUGAAGGAUGGAGAAGCAUUGGAACAAAAAUGGCGAGAUGAAGUUCCCAUUCCACGCGGCGGACCGCAUAGGGCUUGCGUGGCAGUCGAUGAUCGACUCUUCGUUAUUGGUGGACAAGAGGGUGAUUUUAUGGCCAAACCUGGUUCACCUAUAUUCAAGUGUUCACGCAGGCACGAGGUGGUCUAUGGAGAUGUUUAUAUGCUGGAUGAUAAGGACAUGAAAUGGAAAAUUUUGCCAGCUAUGCCAAAACCAAAUUCACACAUAGAAUGUUCAUGGGUAUUUGUCAACAAUUCAAUUAUCAUCACAGGAGGCACCACAGAAAAGCACCCAGUGACAAAAAGGAUGAUGCUGGUUGGGGAGGUUUUCCGGUUUGAUUUAGACUCUAUGACAUGGUCAGUGAUUGGAAGGCUUCCUUACCGUAUAAAAACCACAUUAACUGGUUUUUGGGAUGGAUGGCUAUAUUUCACAUCAGGACAAAGGGACAGAGGACCAGAUAACCCACAACCAAGAAAGGUCGUCGGAGAAAUGUGGAGAACGAAAUUACAUUUGACAUAG